AGAGUUAGGGUUAGUGGUUUAGCUCUCUUCGACAAUAUGACAUUAACACAGAGGUGGCCAGAGCAGGGCUGGGCACUCUUACAGCUGUUGUUAAUGGUGUCUGUCUCUCAGGCUGAGGAGAUGGAGUGCAAGCAGAGAGGGGAUCCUGAGAACCCCCAGCUAUCUAAGGAUGGAGACAUUAUUUUGGGGGGGAUGUUCUCUUUCCACAGCACUUGGAGAGAUAGACAGGAUACCUACAUGCACAAACCACUGUCACUGGAAUGCACCAGUUUGCAUUUCAGAGAGUUCCAAUAUGCCCAGGCCAUGCUCUUUGCCAUAGAAGAGAUUAAUAACAGCACAGAUCUACUGCCUGGCAAAUCUUUGGGUUAUAAGAUCUAUGAUGUAUGUGGCUCCAUUGCCAGAUGUGUGAGGGUUGCACUGGCCUUGGCUAAUGGUAAUGAAAUAGUAUCCGCAUCCUCCGAGGCACCAUGUACUAGACCUGCCCAAGUGCAGGCCAUUAUGGGAGAGACCUCUUCCUCUCCUUGCACAGCUAUAGCUACGGUCAUUGGACCCUUUCACAUCCCACUGAUCAGCCACUUUGCUACUUGUGCUUGUCUCAGCGAUAAAAUCAAGUACCCAUCCUUCCUCAGAACAGUACCCAGUGACUACUACCAGAGCAGAGCCCUGGCACAAUUGGUCAAGCACUUUGGCUGGACUUGGGUUGGAGCUAUUAGAACAAAUGAUGAUUACGGGAAUAAUGGCAUGGCCACAUUCACAGAAACUGCCCAGCAGCUGGGCAUCUGUUUAGAGUACUCUGUAUCUGUAUUUAGAACAGAUGCACCAGACAAAAUACAAAACAUAGUUGACAUUAUCAAGGCUUCCACUUCCAAGGUGAUUGUUGCUUUCCUGUCCCCCUCGGAUAUGGAUGUGCUAAUACAUGCAUUGUCUCACCACAACAUGACUGGGUACCAGUGGGUAGGCAGUGAGGGCUGGAUCUUUGAUUCCCAAACUGCAGCCAUGGAUAGGCAUCACAUUCUGGAUGGUGCCAUAGGCCUGUCCAUUCCCAGAGCACAUGUCAGUGGCAUGAAAGAGUUCAUGUUGGAUGUGAGGCCGCUCAAUUCAUCUAGUAAUUACAUUUUUACAGAGUUUUGGGAGGAAUUAUUUAGCUGCAAGUUCAACCAUUCCAAGUCAUCAGCAGGGAAUCACAGAGAAUGUACUGGACAUGAAGAUCUGACAGGAGUGCAAAACAGCUUCACUGACAUGUCGCUAAUGCCUAUAUUUAAUAAUGUCUAUAAAGGAGUGUAUGCUGUUGCCCACGCACUUCAUAAUAUUCUCAACUGUGAUAAAACAUGCAACAGCACUGUGCAGCUAGAUCCAAUCACGAUUUUACAGCAUAUAAGAAAGAUUCAGUUCAAAACAAAGGAAGGGGAUGAGGUUUACUUUAAUGAGAAUGGAGACCCAGCUGCAAAGUAUGAAAUUAUAAACUGGCAGCCAAAAGAAAAUGGCAUUGUGGACUUUGUCACAGUUGGUUUUCAUGAUGCGUCUUUACCUGCAGACAAACAGCUGAAUCUGCGAAAUAAGUCUAUCAUUUGGGCACAGAACUCAAAACAGGUGCCUUUGUCAGUUUGCAGUGAGAAAUGUCCCCCAGGAACUCACAAGAUUCUCCAGAAAGGAAAGCCUGUUUGCUGCUAUGACUGUUUAAGAUGUGCAGAGGGAGAAAUUAGCAACAUUACAGAUUCUAUCACAUGUGUGAGAUGCCACUCUGAGUUCUGGUCAAAUGAGCAAAGAAAUGCCUGUGUAAAGAAGGAGUCAGAGUUUCUGUCAUAUGAAGAGAUUAUGGGAGCACUGCUCACUGUUGCCUCCCUAUUUGGAACAUGUAUGACUGCUGUUGUGGCAAUUAUUUUCUUCCACUACAGGCAGACUCCUAUUGUCAGGGCCAACAACUCUGAGCUGAGCUUCCUGCUGCUCUUCUCCUUGACCCUGUGUUUCCUGUGUUCUCUGACAUUCAUCGGUCGGCCCUCUGAGUGGUCUUGCAUGCUGCGACACACAGUAUUCGGCAUCACUUUUGUCCUCUGUAUUUCUUGUGUUCUGGGGAAAACAAUAGUGGUGUUAAUGGCCUUCAGGGCUACACUUCCAGGUAGUAAUGUGAUGAAAUGGUUUGGUCCUGCACAGCAGAAGCUCAGUGUUCUGGGUUUCACUCUUAUACAAGUCAUAAUAUGUAUCCUCUGGUUAACAAUUUCUCCUCCUUUUCCAUUUAAGAAUGUUAAGGAGUUCAAAGACAAAAUCAUCUUAGAGUGUGCUCUGGGUUCAGCUGUAGGCUUUUGGGCUGUACUUGGUUACAUAGGACUUCUGGCCAUUUUAUGUUUUAUUCUUGCUUUUUUGGCUCGGAAAUUGCCUGAUAAUUUCAAUGAAGCCAAAUUUAUCACCUUUAGCAUGCUGAUAUUCUGCGCAGUAUGGAUCGCUUUUAUCCCAGCAUAUGUUAGCUCUCCUGGGAAGUUCAGUGUUGCUGUGGAGAUAUUUGCUAUUCUGGCUUCAAGUUUUGGACUGCUCAUUUGUAUUUUUAUUCCAAAAUGUUAUAUGAUCUUACUGAAACCAGAGAAAAAUACAAAAAAGAAUAUGAUGGGGAAAGCGGCACCAUAA